UCUAUUCACUAUUUGUCUCAGUUUAAUGUACUUAUGUUUGCUAUGCAAAACUGUGGUGAUUAUUACUUAAUAGUUAAUAUUUAUUAGUUUAAAAAAUAUUAUGGGCCGAAUGCCUCGUCAAUUUUUUGUCUGACAACUUCAUAUUCUUAAUUUCUUCAGUUAUUUAUUCAUAUUUAUGUUAACCUAUUUUUAAUACUUUACCUAGUCACUUAUUUUUUUUUAUUAAUGUGCCUUGAAUUGCCAAGAUGGAACAUAUAAAAACUCCAAAAGACACGCAGUGAGUUGUGUGUAUAAUUCUGUAACACAUGCAGUUGUAUGGCUGAAAAAGACAGGUUCGUGUCACCGGCUGGCUUCCGUCUAUAUCGUUUGUCAUCGGCUCCUGGAUCGUAUUCUCUGUUCUGCCGCUUGAGGUCGUGGCUACAGCGUGAAGCUGCCAUGGCCAAAGUGGCCAGGCAACAGCAACAGGACGGUUCGGUCAUUAAAAAGAUAGAAAAUGUACGAAUGUUAGACCGGUAUAAUUCCAAAAAAACAUCAGCCGGUACAUUAUACUUAACAGCUACCCAUUUAAUAUUUUUCGAUACUGAAAAUAAUAAAGAAUCUUGGGUGCUGUUAAUGCAUAUAGGCAGUGUUGAAAAAUUACCUAUUACAACGACUGGUUGUCCAAUACUAAUACGAUGCAAAACAUUCUUAUCAGUCACAUUUGUUAUACCAAAAGAAAGAGAUUCUCACAAUAUAUAUACGUCACUGCUCGUUCUCUGUCAACCUGCAAAAAUUGAAGAUGUUUACUGUUUUUUAUACAAAUCAAAUUCUGACAAGAUAUCGAAAAGUGCUGGUUGGGAUAGUUUUAAUCUGGAAACAGAAUAUAAAAGAAUGAAUGUACCAAAUGAAGCUUGGAGUCUAACUACAUUAAAUCAAGACUAUCAGCUAUGUGAUACUUACCCAAAGUUCCUUUUUGUACCAUCAUCUGUGAGUACAUCCAUUUUAGUGGGCAGUUCAAAGUUUCGUAGUAAGGAACGAUUACCAGUACUUACAUACUUGCACAGAAACAAGGCAUCUAUUUGCCGUUGUGCACAACCUUUGUCUGGAUUUAAUGCCAGAUGUAUGGAAGAUGAACAACUUCUUACAUGUAUACUAUACACAAAUCCUGGUAGCGAAUACAUGUAUGUUGUUGAUACUAGACCAAAGAUAAAUGCUAUGGCAAAUCGAGCAACAGGAAAAGGUUAUGAAAAUGAAAACUUCUACGAUAGUAUUAAAUUUAAUUUCUUAGGUAUAGAAAAUAUUCACGUUAUGAGAAAUAGUUUGUCCAAAGUUGUAGAUUUAUGUGAACAACGAAAUCUAUCUAUGUCACAAUUUAUUGGAGGAUUAGACAGUAGUGGUUGGUUACGACAUAUCAAAACUAUUCUUGAUACAUCAGCUUUUAUAUGCCAAGCAGUUAAUAGUGGAAAGUCUGUUGUGGUUCAUUGUUCAGAUGGAUGGGAUCGAACAGCUCAAGUGUGUUCACUGGCUUCACUAAUGUUAGAUCCAUAUUAUCGCACACUCCAAGGAUUUCAGGCUCUUAUUGAAAAAGAUUGGUUAGCAUUUGGUCACAAAUUUAGUGAUCGGUGUGGCCAUAUAGCUGGUGACUCAAAAGAAGUCUCUCCAGUAUUUACUCAAUUUAUAGAAGCAACAUGGCAACUCACAAUGAUUCAACCCACAACAUUUGAAUUCAAUGAAAGAUUUUUAUUAAUUUUACAUGACCAUGUAACAUCCUGUCAGUAUGGAACUUUUAUUGGAAAUUGUGAAAAAGAACGUGUUGAUCUCAAACUCAAAGAUCGUACAUUUUCUUUUUGGGGUUAUGUUGAAGAACAUAAAAAAGAAUUUUUAAAUCCCUUAUAUAGUGCUCAAGUAGAAACUAUGAGUCCUGAUUUAUCUCCACAAAAUAUAAGAUUUUGGCGAGGAAUGUAUUGUCGUUUUGAAAAUGGAGUUCAUCCACGUGAGCAUGUAUAUGACAUUUUACUAGCGACUAGUGAACAAACAAAAUCUAUUGAUGAUCAUGUAAAAUUCCUACAAAAAAGACUAUCAUACUUUAAACGUAAGAUAACUGAUGGUGCAGACAUGGUCAAAAACAGUCUGUUCUCAAAAGAAAUAUGUAUAGAACCUAUGAGUUAUAACAAAGAAGAUAAUAUUAUACAAUCCAUGAAUGAUGCAUUUGAUAAUUUAACUGUUAUGGAACCAAAACUAGAUGAAGCCCAUAAAGUGGCUAUUGAAUGGAAGAGCUUACGUGAAGCAGUUUCUUGUGAAUGUUCUACUGAUUCUUCUACAAAAAAAUAUCACUGUUGGAAAUGUGGAAAUGUGUUUUGCACUCGCUGUAUAGAUAUGAAUGUUCCAUUACCUGGUCAUCUUAGUCAAGAACCUGUGCCAGUAUGUCACGGAUGUCGUAAAAUUGUUUCAAGAUCAUCGACAGAAUCUUCUUAAGUUUAUUGUGUUAUUAUUAAACUAAUUAUUAGUUAAUUUUACUAAAUUAAAAACCAGUUACAAUAUUUAUACUUAAAUCUGUAAAUAUAAAUAUUAAAUGGUAUUACCUAUUCCAAUUAUAAAUUAAUUAAAUUAAUUAUAUUAUCAACAUAAUAGCCUAAAUUAUCUUAUAGAUCUCCAUUUUUUUAAUAUUACCUAAUUAGUCUACUUUGUGAAAAAUAAAGUCAAUCGCACAAUACUUUCUAUAUUAUGACCAAUUAAUAUUUAACUUAAAUAAGUUAAAGUGUUAUGUUGAUUUUUUCAUUAUAUUCUGAGUAAAUUGAGAGAAAUAAUAGCACAAAUUGAAUAGUUUAUGUUAUGUGCUAAAAGUUAUUUUAUAUAAAUCAUGCUAUUUAUCAAAAACUUUAAAUAGCUUAAUUAUUUAUUAAAAUUACAUUUAUUUAAAGUGAAAUCAAUUUUAAUUUAAUUUAAAAAUAAUAAAUUGUAUUUAAUGUUAAUUAACUUGCUACAUUUAUGCAUAAAUAUAAAACAAUACUGAAUGAUAAUAUUUCAAUUGCACUUUAUAUCUUAUAGUCUUAAUUAAGACCAUAAACAAUAUUAAUUUAAAAUUUAAAUAAUACAAUAAUUUUUAAGACUAAAAGUUCAGAUUUGUUUGCAAAUAUAAUUGAUUAUAUCUAAGAUCAGUGAUGGCACAUAAUUUUAAUUAGCUUUGUUUUAUAUUUAUGUUAACCAUUAUUGAAAUAAUUACAAUAAAUACUGAAAUUACAAUUUUAUAUACACAAUAUUGAUACAUAAAAAGAAAGUGCCUUUUAACAAUUUUGUGUUAAAAAAGGAUCAAACUCUUACAAGUGAUAUGUUUAAUAGGCGCUUACCCGUUAAUAAUGAUGUUUUAGUGUUUAGAUUAAAUAAUAAUUCAAGUUUUAAUUAUGUACUUUUAUUUCCUUUACCAUAUUACUAUAUAUUACAUUAUUACAUUAUUAUAAUCUAUGAUAUUAAUUCCAGAACAAUUAUAAAAGUUUUUUUUUUUAUUUACAAUAAACAGUGACGACUUUUAUACUUAUUUGUUAUGCAUAAACAUAAUUUAUAAAGAAUGAGACACUAUGUAUUGUAUUGUUUCUGUGUUAAAAAGGUAAAAUAUAGCAACAUUUCUUUAAAAUCAUAAAA